AUUUCGAUCUAGGUCACAUUUAUUUAUUGAAAAAAAUCAUAGAUUUAUUAAUCCCAAUAAUAUUUCUUAUUACGAUUUUGCCUUGUGCACUAUAGGAGAAUGUGUUUAAUUCAUUAUUAUUCAUUGAAACACCUCCUUUUUUAAUUUUAUUUAACAGCUAACAGUAUGAAUGUGAUUGGAAUGUCUUUCUAAAGAUGUUUCGAAGCUUAUUUUGAUAGAUCCACCAGCUCAAACUCAGAUCAAACAGGCUCAUAAUAUAGUCUUCAUCCCUUAUAUGGGUAUGAAUUGCCGGGGGAGGUUUAAACAAUAGCUUUACAUACUUGGUUACCGAGAAUCUAAAAAACUGCCAUCUGCUUUGGAAAAGUGGAACAAAAAUACAGGAACUUAUCUAAAAUUGGACAUGCACUGUCCCGAAACAUCGUUUUUAGCUCCAAACAUAAAAACAAGUUAAUUAUAAACAAAAAAAGCGACGUGUUUCUUAAAGGAGAAUUCGAUGAGCUGUGCCUAAUAUAAGAAGCUACUAUAGUAGUAGUAAAAAAAACUAGUAAUAGUAGUUACUAGUAGUAGUACACUGUGACUGUACAGGCUUAGAGUUUAGACUUUAGAGGCUACACUACAGUGAGUAUCAGUGACUUUUACAGUGUAGUGAUGUAAUGUUACAUGUAGAAAAUGUUAAAGUGAAGUGUGUAACGCUAAGUUACUGUGCCUGUGGGGUUUGUUCCCCUCCCCACUAUAAAGUAAAGUCUCUAGGACAGUGUGCUGACAUUGUGGCCCAAUUAAUUGUCCUUGAAAGCUGAUACAUAACACGACUCUACCUUGCUAUAUAACCUAUACAUUAAAACAUCGGAAGAAAGAAAUGGAUCAAACAGAUGUGUUUGCACGGCAAUGUGAAGAACAAGACUUUAAGGUGCCAAACAUAAAAAUUGAGGAGAUUGAAGAUGAAAAAUCAGCCCCGUGUAAACAGGAAAUAGAAAACUAUGCCUGUGCUCAAACUUCAGAUUCGAUCUUAGGAGAUCAGGAAAGUGCUGUAAAGCAAGAGAUAGAAAGGAAUGAUUGUACAACUAGUAAUAAGCCAUGGACCUUAGCUUCAAAACUACUGGAAGUGUCAAUGAAGGCAGAUAACAGACUUAGUCCUGUACCCAUCAUAAUGCCCAAUUCUAAACUGCUUGGAAACAUCCCUGUCCCAGACGUGUCUGUGAGUCCUGUGCCUAACAUAAUGCCCAAUUCUAAACUGCUUGGAAACAUCCCUGUCCCAGACAUGUCUGUGAGUCCUGUGCCUAACAUAAUGCCCAAUUCUAAACUGCUUGGAAUCAUCCCUGUGCUAGAAUUGUCUGUGAGUCCUGUGCCUAACAUAAUGCCCAAUUUUAAACUGCUUGGAAUCAUCCCUGUGCUAGAAUCGUCUGUGAGUCAGGUAUAUGAAAUUGAAUCAGAAAAAGACAUGACUUCAGAAAAUUGUGCACUCACUACAAUCAAAGAAGAGGACAAGAAACAGAACCAUCCUAAUGAGACUAUUGUAGGAACAGAAUCUCCGAUUUCUUCCUGUCAUCAAGGGGAAAAUCACCAUGGUAAAAUAUGGCUGAAAGAAGACUCUGACUCUUCAAGUUUGACACAACACCAAAGGAUUGGUACUGGUGAAAAAACUUUCAAAUGUCAGAAAUGUUUGAAAGAAUUUUAUCGAUCUUCUGAUUUAAAAAAUCACUCGAGGGUUCACACUGCGAAGAAAUGUUUUACAUGUCAGAUGUGCAAGAAAGAGUUUUACACAUCUUCUGUUUUAAAAAGGCACCAACAACGCCAUGGCAGAGAAAAACCUUUCAAAUGUCAAAUAUGUCUUAAAGAGUUUGAUAGGUCAUCUUACUUAAAGAACCACCUGGUCGUUCAUACCGGCGACAAACCUUUCAACUGUCGUAUAUGUUUCAAAGUUUUUUCUAGAUCCUUUGAAUUGAAAAGGCACCAGCGAUAUCAUGUAGGGGACAAAAUUUUCAAAUGUCAAACGUGUGAAAAAGAAUUUACUAGAUCUUCUAGUUUAAAAAAUCACCAGGUGAUUCAUACUGGGGGAAAACAUUUCAAAUGUGAAAUUUGUCUUAAAGAGUUUUAUAAAUCUUGUUUUUUAAAAAAUCACCAGAAAGUUCAUGCCGGACCUUUCAAAUGUCAAAUAUGUCUGAAAGAAUUUCCUAGACCUUAUACUUUAAAAAGGCACCUACUAAUUCAUAAAGGUGAAAAACCUUUCAAAUGUCAAAUAUGUCUAAAAGAAUUUAAUACAUCUUCAGCAUUAGAAAUACACCACAGUAUUCAUACUGGGGAAAAACCUUUCCAAUGCAAAAUAUGUCUAAAAAAAUUCAAGAAACCCACUAGUUUAAAAAAUCACCAGGUGAAACAUACUGCUGAAAAACCUUUCAAGUGUCAAGCUUGUCUUAGAGAAUUUUAUUUAUUUUCAGAGUUAAAAACUCACCAGAGGGUUCAUACUGGUGAAAAACCUUUCAAAUGUCUAAUUUGUUUGAAAGAAUAUUACACAUCAUCAGGUUUGAAAUUUCACCAAAAGAUUCAUACUGGGGAGAAGCAAUUCAAAUGUCAAGUAUGUCUGAAAGUAUUUUUCAGUCUAAGUCACUUCAAAAUGCACCAACUAAUUCAUACUGGUGAAAAACCUUUCAAAUGUCAAAUAUGUCUGAAAGAGUUUACUCAGUCUCAGCAUUUAAAAGGUCACCAGCGAAUUCAUACUGGUGAAAAGCGUUUCGAAUGUCAAAUAUGUCUAAAAGGAUUUUCUCUCUUUGGACAAUUAAAAACUCAUCAGCUUAUUCAUACUGGUGAAAAACCUUUCAAAUGUCAGAUAUGUCUUAAAGAAUUUUCUCAAUCUCAACAUUUGAAAGAUCACCAACGAAUUCAUACUGGUGAAAGACCUUUCGAAUGUCAAAUAUGUCAAAAACGUUUUUCUAGAUCUCAACAUUUAAAACAGCACCAUCUAAUUCAUACUGGUGAAAAACCUUUUGAAUGUCAGAUAUGUCAGAAAGAAUUUUCUCUGUCGUAUAAUUUAAAAAAGCACCAGCGAAUUCAUACUGAUGAAAAACCUUUCAAAUGUCAAAUAUGUCUAAAAGAAUUUUCUGAGUCUUAUAAUUUAAAAAAGCACCAGCGAAUUCAUACUAAUGAAAAACCUUUAAAUUGUCAAAAACAACAUUUAAAAAAAAAUAUCGGUGAAAAACCUUUCAAAUGUCAAAUAUGUCUAAAAGGAUUUUCUCGACCCCAACAUCUAAAAACUCAUCAGCUUAUUCAUACUGGUGAAAAACCUUUCAAAUGUCUGAUAUGUCUUAAAGAAUUUUCUCAAUCUCAAUAUUUAAAAAUACAUCAUCGAAUUCAUACUGGUGAAAAACCUUUUGAAUGUCAAAUAUGUCUAAAAAGAUUUUCAAGGCCUCAACAUUUAAAAAAGCACCAACUAAUUCAUACUUGUGAAAAACCUUUGAAUGGUCUAAAAGAAUUGAAUAGAUCAUCUUCUUCUGAAUUAAUAAAUCACCAGUUGAUUGAAACUGUUGAAUAAACAUUCAAAUCGGUCGACAAGAAUUAGAUAAUUUUAUACAAACAAACAGCAAUAUAGUUUGAUCACUAUAAUUAUUAGUGAGAAAAAUUAAAAUUUCAAAAACAAUUUAUCAAAAGGGAAUUAUCUAGUUCUUCAGAUUAAAAACAAAUAUACCAGCUGUCAUUAAGAGCAGGGAAAAACAAUAAAUGUGUUGUGGCAUCUCAGAGAUUGAUAAGUUUCUGUGGGCAAUACAGUACAGAAGUUGCAAAAUAUUGCACAAAAUGUAUCAAUGAUGACCUGAGAGGUAUGAUGCAAAACAAUUCAUUUGGCAACAAUUGUAAUGGUAAAAAUUUAGGUGACAGAAGUGGAAAAUAAAUUUUUUUAACUGCCAUUUCUUCAUAAGAAAGAUUUCCUAAAAAAAAAAAGUACAAACCCUUUAGUUAACACAAAGUUGAGGUCAUAGACCUGUUGAACAAUGUUGAAGGCAGAUCCAAUCGAACUCUUCUUUAUCGUGGUCAAAAACAAGUCAACAAAACUGAUUAAAUUAGCAUCAUCUUCUGAUAUCAGCUCCAUAUCCAAAUGAAUUAUAAACCAAGCCAUUUCUGGGAUUUCAUUUCUGUAGUAUCUGCUUUAGGCUGCUGUCCCUGCCUGCCUCUGUCUCUGGAGGGGGGUUAUGAGCUAGGAUGUAGAUCUAAUAAUCAAAUCCAAGACAAAUUUACCUUCAUUAGUUGUCUGAAAAUAAACUGCGAUUCCCUAAUUAUGUGUGGACUUCAUUCAUUACGUUACAGAACAAUAGCUAUCAUGCAAGGCUUUAACCAAUAUGCUCGUUAGGUUUACUGUGCAAACCACAAUUUAUGUAAAAUAACUUAAGCUCCAGUGAUGUAAAUGUGUAGGUGAACAAAAUAAUUUUUUUUUUUUACAUUUAGAUCUCAACUGUUGUGAGUGAGGCAUCUAUAUGGUACUGGGGUAUCAACUACUUUCUUUUAUGUAUAGUAUGCUAUUAUUGUGCCUCAAGGGCAAUGUAUUGUUAUCAGCAUAUAUAGAAGUGAAAUGAUUAAUUGAAGGAUUGAAAAAUUACUAUGAAUUGUUUUGGUCCAUAAAAGGAUUACAUUCUAA